UCAAUGACGUUUUAUUCUUAUUGUGAAUGAAUUUAGGAAAAGACGCCUGUUUUUUCGUUCGUGUUUUUUGUUUCUAAUUUAGACAAUGUAGCCUUAUUUUCGGUUUCAAUUUUGAUUUUAAUCAUGUUGUUUGCUUAUCAAAGCAGUGCUUUUUCUCUGACCGUAUUAUUUCUGUCAUUAUAAACCUAUAUAUUUGAAACACAUUGAAAAUAGUUAUAAGCUUGAUACCUUUUAUGAAGUCUGGUUUAUAUGCAGUUUUCUGUACCUCUACUGUUGUGUCACAUAUUAGAUUAGUUCAGGUUUACAAUGGAAAAUGUCUAAAUAUAAAGAAAUAUAAUAUAAUAUAUAUAUAACAUGUAUUUGAUUGUAUACACAUCAGGAACUUAAUUCUUGUUUUACUGUACGUGCAAAAAACUGUACAAAAUAUAUAUUGCUAAAAAUGUCCACAGAGUUUUUUUUGUUUUUUUGGAAAAGCAGCUGUGUAGCAAAACUGAUUAAAAAUUUGCCGCAAUAGCCUAUAUUACGUAAGAACUUUGUACAAAGAAAAACUAGUACAUUUGUCAUUCAUAAAUUUGAUUAUUAAACAAUACCUAGUUUUCCAAUUUACAAAACAAAUUAAUCGAUGCAUGUUUUCGUCCAUAAAAAUUUAAGCAACCAUAGAAAUGUUAAACUGAAACAAAUUUGGGACAAAAUGUCGAGGAGCGUUGCUUGGCAACGGACCGCAUCAGAUGCGGUGAGCUGGAACCAGGAUCAAGCUCUCUCCUCCACCAUCUACAUCCUUAGGGAAGUAGGACCAACAUCAUAUCUUCUGAAGGAGGAAGGAUUGGUGAAGAAAUUUAAGGUUUCCUUAGGUGACCCCCAUACUUGUAAUUGUACAAAGUUUAGCAAGGAGAGAAACUUGUGUAAACACAUAUGUUGGAUACUGCUCAAAAAGUUUAAACUUAAUAGACAUCAUGAAUUGUCUUACCAACUUGGCUUGGUUGAACGUGAAAUAAAUGGACUUUUAAAGGGGAGGAAAAAUAAUGAAAGAAUAAUUGAUUCUAAACCUGAUUCAAUUCCCACUGAUAAAGAUGGCACAAAACAUGAAUUAGAGCAGCGUAAAGUAACAAAUGAUGAUGUAUGUCCAAUAUGCCAAGAACAAUUACUUGCCAAACAUCAACCAGUAACAUACUGCAGAUAUGGAUGUGGCAACAGUGUUCAUAUUAAAUGCAUGAAAGUUUGGGCGGACCACCAGCGUCAAACUACCAAUGAUAACGUGAUUUUGUGUCCGUUUUGUCGCGAGGAAUUUGUCGGCCAUGCAAAACUGGCACACGAGUUUCGAAACACAAUGAAUGAAAGAAGGAAUAAUGCUGAUAGAUUAGAUUGCCAUAAUGGGAUAACUUGUAGGAGUUGUAACAUGAUUCCUAUUAAGGGUAAAUGCUACCAAUGCGUCACAUGCGUUGCUUUUCACCUGUGCAACACUUGCUAUCACAACCGGCAACACUUGCAUCAUCCUUUCGUGUUUCGACUUAAAAAAACACAGCGCUGGCGAGCGGCGCCGACAAGAGAGGGCAACGGAAGAUCGAUGGAAACUUUGUUGGGGCCAGUUGCUCAUGAGUUGCAAUCACGUGAAUUGAAUGAAAACGAUUAUGAACUGCUUUUGCAACUUGAUUCAAAUGGCGACAACAGCGGCGUUCCGGUCGACCUAGCAGGAUUACCGGAGCAUAUCGUGAACAGAAUACCCAUGAUGAAAAUAAAGAGGGGUAGUCGACUUUUAGCGGCAGGUCGUCAGUGUCGCUUGUGUUUACGAGCAUACACAGUUGACCAGUUUGUCCGUCGUUUACCCGACUGUGGUCACAUAUUCCAUAGAGAAUGUAUCGACAAAUGGCUCACAGAAGAUCACAGGAGAUGUCCGAUAGACAGACAGUUGGUACAAGACCACCACAAGGCCAACUCAACCAGCUAAUAUAAACAACACUGAAACAGCAUCACAUCAUGAUGAUAUAUCAGAAUUAGUGAUACCAGGAAUUGGUUUGAUUCAUAUUUCAUCUGAUGCCGACAACCAUGCUGCAGCAAGACCACAUAUGUUAGGAAAGCGGGUAAAACAAACUCGUUCUUUCAACCCACCAUCUCAACCACUUGUAACUAUGGGUGACCUCCUGGUUCAAGCUGAUGCUAUAGCACUACCACGUGCACGCUCUGACUUGGAUUUAAACUCGAAUCCCAAUGUUCAACCCAAUACAACUACAAGUUUCUCAACACCUAACCUGCAAAGAAAAAAGUUUUUCGGAAAACAGCAAAAAUUUAAACUUAGAGGUACACUGAACAGUCCGAAACCUAAAAGAGAAAUGGUAGCAUCACGUAACCAUAGCGAUCUGUUGGUUAAUGGAUUCCAGGUUGAUAACUUGCCAGUUAAUGAACCUCCUUUUGAAGCUACAUCAUCUAACAGCUGGAAUACGAUGAAAUUUGAAGACGAACAUCUUAACUUGCCAAGCCCGCCUCAACCUUCCCCUACUCUACACCAUACAGACAAUAUCAUCAAUUUUAACCCAGAAGAAGAUGCCUUUUUCCCGAAUUCUUUACCCUCUGUUAAAAAUAACAGGAAAAAUACCCGUUCUAAUAGGUUGGGUAAUGGAAGAGAUAAUAAAGUACAUAAAUUUACAAAACUAUUGACUCAAAAUAAGCAGAUUCAUUCUGAAGGUUUGGAUUUGUCCGAAGGUUUAUCCGGUAGCAGGAUUAAACAGAGACCUGAUUCUAUGUCAGGGGAGCUACAUCCAAUGGGGGUAAAAACUCGUCCCCGUAUAUUUGACCAAGGAAUGUGCCACAGCGCUCCUAGUGGUCAAGUGUUUAGAAAAUGAUUUGUACUUCGCCAUACAAGUGCCAUGUUUAAUGCUGUGAUUUUUUCAUAUGAAAUUGUACCUUAAUAUCCAAAACACUGUUAUUUACCAACACUGUAAUGUGUAUUGUUGCUUUUUACAGUUGCCAAAUAAUAAAAGUUUGUUAUAUUUUCAAA